CCAUCCUCCCAUAGAAUAGACAUCUACCAAUCCAUCCACCUUGCUACUCUCUACAAACACAACUCGAUUAAUUCCUUUCAUCAGUCCAUUGAACGGGAAAGAGCCAGCAUGAAGUCAACUCAAGUCCUCGCCGCUAUCCUCCUAACCUUCCUCCCGGUGCUGGCUACCGCCCAAAGCAACACCACCACAUCCGCCGCAGCAUCUACAAACACCACCGGCAGCUCAGGGCCCACCUCCCUCCUCCCAACCGGCCUUACAACUGCCUCAUCCGCGAACACAACGGCCACUGGCAACUCGGGUAACAAUUCAACAGCCCCGACAAGGACCUCUACUGGCGCCAACAAUUCCACUAUCACCUCCUCCCCGGGCAAGAACGCUACCAGUUCCGGAAGCAAGAACGCCACUACUACCGCCAAGCCUUCCGGGGGGAAGAAUAAUAUCACCACCACUAUCGUCCGGAGUAACAGUGAUGGGUCGUUGUCCACAGAGACGAGUGUUAUCGUCGUUGAACCCUCCGAGACUGGUGGUGCGAGUGGGGGUCCGGGUGGUUCCGGCGAGAGCGGGUCCACGACCGGAGCCGGAGGAGCCCAGCCCUCUGAGUCGGCUGGCUUGAACAGUGGCGUGGGAUCGGUACGUGCCGGGUCGGUUAUCGGGAGUGUAUUGCUGGCCGGGGGAAUUCUGGUUUUCGGUCACCUCGUUUAGGGUGUAUGGGGUUGGUAGAUUGAUGGGAAGGCAAAGUUUGCAUUUUUUUUUCUUUUUUCUUUUUUUCUCAUUGGAGAAAAAGAAUGUAAUUGUACACCGUUGCUCUUUAAUCAUUGGACCUUUUCGUACGGGGAUUUUCCCGUAAAAUUGUACAGUAAGGGGAGCAGAUUGGACGGUCGAACGCAACCGGUUUCUAGAUGGGCGGCUCGACCACGGUCGUCAACUGUUUGACAGCUCUCAGAAGGGCAAAUAUCAGGUCGGGAUGGCAACGGGGCGGGGGGGUUAACUCUUUUUUUUUUCCUUAAUCAUUAUUGGGGGUGCAUUAUCAU